GCACGUUAUCGUCAUGCGGUUACGUAAUCAUACAGCGACCAACGAUGUGACACACGAGGAUGUUUUACUCUACGUUCAAAUAGAGGAUUUCAGCUAUUAUUUUGUCAAAUAAAGAAGAAAGAGCGACUCACCUAGCCGCAGAGGACGAGAUAAAUCAAAUAUGGCGGACUUUUCGUCGCUGGGUCUCUCAGACUGGCUGGUUAAACAGUGUAAACAGCUGGGCAUCAACAAACCCACUCCUGUGCAGGAGAACUGUAUGCCAGCUAUACUAGAAGGUCGGGACUGUUUGGGCUGUGCUAAGACCGGAAGUGGAAAGACAGCAGCUUUUGUGCUGCCAGUGCUGCAGAAACUGUCAGAGGAUCCAUACGGCAUCUUCUGCUUGGUGCUCACUCCCACCAGGGAGCUGGCCUAUCAGAUUGCAGAGCAGUUUCGAGUCUUGGGGAAGCCGCUGGGUCUAAAAGACUGCAUCAUCGUUGGUGGAAUGGACAUGGUGAGCCAGGCCCUGGAGCUGUCCAACCAACCACAUGUGGUCGUAGCGACGCCGGGCCGGCUGGCUGAUCACAUCCGCAGCUCCAACACCUUCAGCAUGAGCAAGAUCCAGUUUCUGAUUAUGGACGAGGCGGACCGGCUGUUGGAGCAGGGCUGCACUGACUUCACCAAAGACCUGGAGACGAUCUUGGGGAUUUUACCGGCUAAACGGCAGACGCUGCUGUUCAGCGCCACACUCACUGACACUCUGCACGAGCUGAAGAACAUCGCCAUGAACAAACCUUUCUUCUGGGAGAGCAUGUCAGAGACUCGAACCGUGGAAGAGCUGGACCAGAGGUACAUCCUCACUCCAGAGAAGGUGAAGGACGCUUACCUCGUCCAUCUGAUCCAGAAGUUUACUGACGAACAUGACGACUGGUCCAUCAUCAUCUUCACCAACACGUGCAAGAACUGUCAGAUCCUCACCAUGAUGCUGCGUGAGUUUAACUUUCCUACCAUCUCCCUGCACUCCAUGAUGAAACAGAAACAACGAUUUGCAAACCUCGCCAAGUUCAAGGCCAGCGUCUUCAAAAUCCUGAUUGCGACAGACGUGGCUGCCAGAGGUUUGGAUAUUCCAACAGUCCAGGUCGUCAUCAACCACAACACCCCCGGCCUUCCCAAGAUCUACAUCCACAGGGUCGGACGAACAGCAAGAGCAGGGAGGAACGGAGUGUCCAUCACACUGGUGACGCAGUACGACAUCCACCUGGUGCACUCCAUUGAAGGACAGAUUCAGACUAAGCUGAAGGAAUAUCCUGUGGAGGAGAAAGACGUCCUGAAGAUCCUCACCCAGGUCAACGUGACCAGACGGGAGUGUGAAAUAAAACUUGAGUCGACAGACUUCGAUGAGAAAAAGGAGAUCAACAAGAGGAAACAGCUGAUCUUGGAGGGGAAGGAUCCAGACCUGGAGGCUAAGAGGAAGGCCGAGCUGGAGAAGAUCCGGAGCAAGAAGAAGAAGUUCAAACAGAAAAUCGAGGAGACCAUUCAGAAACAGAAACAUGGACAGCUGAAAAAGAAACUGGCAAAGAGAAAACAGAUGAAAAAGAAAAAGGCGGCACAGGAAACGGCGUGAAAACGGCCGUGACCCAUGUAUAUACUCAAAGAUUUAUGACUGUACGAUAAUGUUUUCAUAUGUGAGCAAAUAAAUUUGAACCUUUCUGAAUUCCAUACCAUCGAAA